CAAACAGACAAGCAUACAACACCGUUGCCAUUUAGCUGUUCUUGCUAGGCAGUUGCGCGCUUACAUUGAGCCGCAGCUAGCUGUCUACUACGGCACAACUAUCUCCUGCGCGCGUGCUCGAUCGAUCUGAAGGCCAGACCUGUGCCUGUCCAAUUUUGCCUUGUUCUACCCACCACACCAGUAGUCGAGAAGGUUCCAUAUAAGCGCAAGCAGACAGCAGCAAAAGAGCUAAGGAGAGUCUGAGACAAGGUUCGAACAGAUGGAGGAUGUGGUGAAGUUCGUCUUUGGAGUUUCCGGAAAUGUCAUCGCUCUCUUCCUCUUCCUUUCCCCAGUGCCUACGUUCUGGAGGAUCAUCAGGAGGAAGUCGACGGAGGAUUUCUCGGGGGUGCCGUACAGCAUGACACUCCUCAACUGCCUCUUGUCAGCUUGGUACGGGCUGCCGUUCGUGUCCCCGAACAACAUGCUGGUGUCGACGAUCAACGGCGCGGGCGCGGCGAUCGAGGCCGUGUACGUGGUGAUCUUCCUGGCGUUCGCGUCCAGCCAGCGGACGCGGCUGCGGAUGCUGGGCCUGGCGUCGGCGGUCUCGGCGGCGUUCGCCGCCGUGGCGCUGGCGUCGAUGCUGGCGCUGCACGGACAGGGCCGGAAGCUCAUGUGCGGCCUCGCCGCCACCGUCUGCUCCAUCUGCAUGUACGCCUCGCCGCUCUCCAUCAUGAGGCUGGUGGUGAAGACCAAGAGCGUGGAGUACAUGCCGUUCCUGCUGUCGCUGGCCGUGUUCCUGUGCGGCACGUCCUGGUUCGUCUACGGCCUGCUCGGCCGGGACCCCUUCGUCGCGAUUCCCAACGGGUGCGGGAGCUUUCUGGGCGCAGUGCAGCUGGUCUUGUACGCCAUCUACCGCGACAGCAACAGCGGCGGCAAGCAGCAGGCCGGCGACGACGUGGAGAUGGCCUCCGACGCCAAGAGCAGCAAGAAGGUCGCCGACGACGUCGGCGGCAAGGAGGACCGCCUGGUCUAGCAUGGAGCUAGCCACUUUCUCUUUCGGUGCGCGAGCGUAUGUUUCCUCCCCCCGUGAUUGUGUGUGUGUGCAUGUAUACGAGAGUGCGUGCUGUACUGUACUACCUCUGCGUGUGUGCAAUAAUGUAACUGGGUGUUUCAUCUCGCAA